CGAAAUGCCUCAAAGAACAUUUGGUCAUUGAUCAAACAGGGAAAGACAUGUCCAAGUCUCAAACUCAUCUCUCCAACAACAAAACCAACAACAAUUCACUCCUACAACUACUUCUUCAAUCUUUCACUAACUUCCUCAAAUGCAUCCCUUCUUCAUCUCCUCAAACCAACAACAACUCCAACACCAUCCAAAACACAACCACAACAAUCACUUCCAUGCCUUCGGAGUCAAAAUUCACCAUCUCCGUUCAAAAAAGGACCGUGCAGAGCUCGGUGAAGCAACUACACUUUGGUGGGUGGGACGAGAAAAAGGUGGCAGCAAAAGAGAUCAAAAGGUUGGCCGGAGAAGGACAUAGCACGAAAAAAUUGUUAGCUGAGCUCGGUGUAAUAACUUCGCUUGUUUUGAUGCUUGUUGAGUCCACUGAUGAUCAUCUCCGGUGUUUGGCUAUCGAUGCUCUUAUAGAACUUGCUAAAGGUACAUUCAGAAACAAGGCACUAAUAGUAGAGGCAGGACUUGUAGCCAAGCUACCAAACAUAAUCAUCGCGACACAAGAAGAAGAACAAGAAGAAGACUCAUCAACAAUAGUAAAACUCAAACUAGCCACCCUUCUCCAAUCCAUCUCCUCUCUCACAAAAACCCACAUCUCCAUCACACCCCAAACCAUCCUCCCAUUCUUAACCACCAUCCUCACCACACCAACAAAACUUGACCCAAACCUCAAGCUCAAAUGCCUAUCCACUCUCUACAACCUCUCCACUAAGCUAGAAACAUUAAACCUUGUAUCCUCAAGUGUACCACUAGUCCAUGCUCUCCUAACACUCUCACUCCAUGACCAAUCUGAGCUAGCUGUAGCAAUACUUGCCAACUUGGUUUUGAGCUCUAGAGGGAAGAAGGCCAUUGAAGAUGAUCCCAUGGUGCCACAAGCCUUGAUAGAUAUCAUUACAUGGCAUGACAAACCAAUGGGCCAAGAGUUAGUGAUGUAUAUAUUGAUGGUGCUUGCAAAUGGGAGUAGUGCUCAAAGGAUGAAAAUGAGAGGUUUGGGGAUAGUGCCCUUGCUUUUGGAGGUGGCUUUGUUGGGGAGCAGUGCAUUGGCACAGAAGAGAGCUUUGAAGAUGUUGGAGUGGUUCAAGGAUGAGAGCCGUGUUGUACAGAUGGGAGUUCAUUCAGGGCCACAAGAAGAUCGGUUCUCGGACCCAGCUGGCACAUCAUCGUCAUCACCGGAGGAGUCCCGGAGAGCUGUGAGGAGGUUGGUGAGGCAAAGUCUUCAUCAGAAUAUAAAGAUGAUGACAAGGAGGGGGAAUGGAUCACAAGGGAGUACUUCCUUGGUUAAGUCUUUGGUUGUUAAUAGAAGCUCUAAGAGUUUGCCUUACUAAAUAUUACGUUUUUGAUUAACACUCAUGAGAGAUAUACAUUUUCAUUUUGGUUUAGUUUUUCGAUAAACAAAGCUGCAUGAUAGCAUAAUCUAGGAAUAAUCCUCG